AUGAAGCCUGGUAAAAAAGUUACCUACAUACGUGAUAGUAUUGUCUAUCGUGGAAAUGAAGCUAUCCAAGCCAAAAAAGAGGUGGAAGCCAAAAAACUGGCGAAUGAAAUAAAAUCUUCGCUCGAAAAUAUCGUCCAAACUGUUUCCGAUGAGGAUUCUAACGAUGAUAUCGAUGACAGCUUACCUUUGGACUCGGAUGAAGAGAGCUUCAAGUGUAGUAUAUCCAAAGAAGAAAAUGACAUCCGGAAAGUUAAUAUUAAGGGAGAUACUAGAAGAAAGGCUUGUGCUACUGUGACCGGAAAACGCAAUGAAAUCCAGAACUUCAAUAUUGCAAGGGACGACGAUACGUUUGGAUGUGUAAAUGUGACUGGUGUAUACAAUGAAAUCGGAAAUUUUACCAAAACGAGGGAUACAAGAACAUCUCUGUCUGCAGAAAUUACCGGUCGUCAUAACGAGGUUGAAAAUUUUGUAAAAAGGAGAGAUACGCUGGCGUCUUUUUCUGCAAGAAUGGUCGGGCGACAUGACGAAAUCAAGAAUCAUAAAAGAAUGAGGGACACCAAAGCGUUUAUGUGUGCAGAUGUGACCUUGAUGCACAAUGAAAUCGGAAACGUCGUAAAAGCGAGGGAUACUCAUUCGCUUUUUUGCGCAGAGGCAAGCGGGAUGCAUAACGAAGUUGGUAACCGUAAAAGGACGAGAGAUACUAAGACGCGUGGAUGCUUAAAACUGACCGCGAUGCAUAAUGAUAUAGGGAAUAUUAGAAAAUCAAGGGAUACAGUGGUUUCUGACAGUUUUGAAACGACUUUGAUGGAUAAUAAACUUGGCAACUACACAGAAUCAAGAAAUAACGAAUCAACUCGAUGUGCGGAUUUGGCUUUCAUGCGCAAUAAAAUUGGUAAUAUUGAUAUAUCAAAGAGCAAUAAGUCAGUUGGAUGCGUAACUAAGACGGCAAUAGAAAACAGCGCCUUUAAUUUGGAAAUCACUGAAAGUAGCUCUGGCACUUCGACUAAUAUGACUGGGACAGGUGUGAGUCUUUGCAACUUGCGCGUGAGCAAAAAACCAUCAUUUGGCGUUGACUUUGGUGUCAGUGGACAAGUAUCUUUGUUCAAUUUGGAUAUUGGAACCCGUUUACAACUUAAUGUCGGACCUGGCCUGAGCUUGGGGUUGCCAUUUGGUUCUGGAGGUGGUGGAGGUGGUGGAGGAGGAAGUUCUGGCGGAAAUGGAGGAGAUGGUGAUGAUGGUAAUAGUAAGGGUGAUGGUAAUGGAGGAGGUGGGGAAAGUUCUGGUGGAAAUGGAGGAGACGGUAAUGAUGGUAAGGGUGAUAGUGGUGAAGAAACUGGUGAAGGCGAAGCCAUUGAAAGAGAUGGUGCAUGCAAAGGUGGCAAAGAAAAUUGUGAAGGCAAUGAUAGUGAAGGAAAUGGUGAAUGCAAAGACUGUGAAGAAAAUUGUGAACGGAAUGGUGGUGAAGGCAAAAGUUGUGAAAGAAAUGGUGAAGACUGUGGUGAAGAAAAUUGUGAAAACAAUGAUGGCAAAGAAAAUUGUAAAGGCAAUGGUAGUGAAGGAAAUGGUGAAUGCAAAGACUGUGAAGGAAAUUGUGAAUGGAAUGGUGGUGAAGGCAAAGGUUCUGAAAGAAAUGGUGAAGACAGUGUAAGUGGUGAAGAAAAUUGUGAAGGCAAUGGUAGUGAAGGAAAUGGUGAAUGCAGAGACUGUGAAGAAAAUUGUGAAUGGAAUGGUGGUGAAGGCAAAGGUUGUGAAGUUGAUUCUCAAGAGGAUUGUGGACAAAAUUGUCCUGGAUGUUACACCCACGAAGACAAUCUUAAUAAUGAAGACUGUAGCACUCAAAAUAAUGAUGGCCCUGGAGAUGAGAACAAUUUUGCAGAUGAUGAGAACUAUUAUUAUUAUGACAGUUUAGUUGACCAUGAAGGUAACUUGGAAAAUACUGGUUUUGAAAGAAUUGAAAAUAAUUGUGGUGAUAAAGCUAGUAAUGUGGGCCAUUCUCAUGAAAUAGAAAGCAAUUCUCUUAAUGAAGAUUAUUUAUGUUAUGACACACAGAAGGAAAAUUGUUUAAAUAAUAAUAAUCAACACAUAUUGGGUACUGGUGAUGAUAUGCUUGCUCGUAAUAUAAAUAGUAAUGAGAGUUGCUUGCCUAAUGAGAAUAAAGAACUACACAGUAACAACAGUAUUAACAAUCAAGAUACUAAGAGCACUGGCAACAGAAGUAGCUUGGAUGCCAAUCCGAAUGAGAAUCGUUCUCAACAAGAUAAACAGGGCAACAUGGUACUUGAGAACCAUAGUAAUACUGAGCAUUCGUUUCCCUUCACUGCUAAUGUUUCUGGUUUCAGUCCAAAUUCAAAAACAAAGACAUGGAAAAAUCGAAAACUUGUUGGACUGGAGACUGAUUCACAUAAAAACACUAAUACUGACCCACAAUCAAAUGGCGUUACAAAAAGCAAGACUGGCAAAACUGGCAUUAAUAAAAUCGGUAUUAAUGAGCACAAUAGUAAUAGCAAUACAUCUGGUAAUGAAAACAAAAAUACGCGGAUGUCAACAGAACUUGAACAAGCCCUAGCAGAUGUAAUUGAUAAAAAUCCACAUUUGUAUGCAGCACUCUUUACCUCGUUAUCACAAAGUUCUGCAUCAGAUAAUAAUAACUCCGGCUCAUCUUCCACGUCAGAUUCGAUGCCUUCAAGAUCUUCUACAACAGAUGAUGAUAUUUCUAAACUUAUUAAAGCACGUAUCCAUAAAACCGAAGAGUCUAUUAAAAAAAACCAGACAGUCCGAGAAGAGGGUAACAAGUACAGCGGUGCAGCAACUUCUGGUGGUUUCAGGUCUCCUAUUAGCAACAAUCCAGAAUUGCAAAAGAAACAGGAAGAAAUUGAAGAAAUUGAAACAGAAUCUCCUAAGCCAUGCAAAAAUCAUUCUGCUAGUGUCCGUUGCUUCCGUUGUUUAGUGGGUUCUAAAGGGAAGAAGGUGAAACGUGUCAGUGGAAAUGUAUUUGGUUUUGCCAAUUAA